AUGACCGUCACAGUUGCUGCCGGUUCUGCGGAGGACAGCACUGCCGGAGUUCAGCGUAAAGUUUUGGCAGAAAGAAGGAAGCGUUCAAGGGCUAGAGAUCCUGGAACCAAGCAUCAAACGACUUCACGUCCAUCGAAGAGGCUGAAGACUGUGUGCUGGCAGACUCAGCAUCGCCUGCCGGCGGACGAGUCAACAAUGGCCGGAACGCAGCUCGUCAAAGCACCUGCGAGAAGGAGCCAGAAACUAGGGGAUAAGAUAACAGCUCUUCAGCAGCUCGUCUCUCCUUUCGGCAAGACGGAUACUGCAUCGGUACUUCACGAGGCUGCUCUUUCUAUCAACUUCCUUCACGAGCAAAUAAAGAUGCUGGCCGCUCCAUACUUUGGAAUGAGCUCGCCAGAAGUGCGGGUUCAGGGCCAUGCACGCAACAGCGCUGACUUGCGGAGUAGAGGACUGUGUCUUGCUCCCGUCGACGCCAUACCGGAGCUGAUGGAUGGAAAAGCUUGCAGUAGCUGUUGGCCAGAGACACUGGUGAGGGAAGCUGGUCUCGAUCGCCACCGCCUUUCCAACUUCACCACCAUGUAUACACCGUGA